AACAGAGUCUGUUAGAGGGAGAAUCACGGCGAGAGCGUGCUCGUGGGCACCCCUCUCCGUCAACUGGGGUGCGCGAUCGAUCGAUCGAAAUAUCGAACUGCAGUUGCCAAAACCCCAAUCCGGUCUUCUAUUUCCGAUCGAGCCGCAAAGGAGGCAGGAAGAAGGCCGGCGCAGGCGCAGGCGCGGAUGGCGAUGGGAGCGACGGUUCGCGCGGCGGCCGCGGACGCCGUGGUGACGUUCCUGUGGGUGCUGUGCGCCUCCGCGCUCGGUGCCUCCACAGCAGCCGUCACGUCGUACCUGGGGGUGCAGGAGGGCGCCGGCCACUACGCGCUCCUCGUCACCACGUCCCUCCUCUCGGUGCUCCUCUUCACCUUCGAUCUCCUCUGCGGUGCGCUCGGCGGCGCCAGCUUCAACCCCACCGACUUCGCCGCCUCCUAUGCCGCCGGACUCGACAGCCCCUCCCUCUUCUCGGUUGCGCUCCGCUUCCCGGCGCAGGCCGCCGGCGCUGUGGGCGGCGCCCUGGCCAUCUCGGAGCUGAUGCCGGCGCAGUAUAAGCACACGCUCGCGGGCCCCUCACUCAAGGUGGAUCCCCACACCGGUGCCCUAGCCGAAGGGGUGCUCACCUUCGUCAUCACCCUGACCGUGCUCUGGGUCAUCGUCAAGGGCCCCCGCAACGUCAUCCUCAAGACCUUGCUGCUCUCAACCUCCAUCGUCUCCGUCAUCCUCGCAGGCGCAGAGUACACGGGGCCGUCUAUGAACCCAGCUAAUGCAUUUGGCUGGGCAUAUGUUAACAAUUGGCACAACACAUGGGAGCAGCUGUAUGUGUACUGGAUAUGCCCCUUUAUUGGGGCCAUGCUUGCUGGAUGGAUAUUUAGGGUGGUGUUCCUACCACCGGCACCUAAGCCCAAGACCAAGAAAGCAUGAUUACUCGUUUAUGGAUGCUGGUUUAGAAGAAAUAAGAAAUAGAGGAAGGUCACAUAAGCUCAUGUGUUGUACUUGAUUUCCUCAACUUCCCACAAACUGGGUGUUGUGCUCUGUUACUUAUUUCUCAUCAAUAAUUUAUGUUUACUUGUAAUUUUGGGCU